AUGGCGUCUUUCUCGCAGCUCCCCUCGUCACCUGAAGAGGCGGGCUCCGGUCGUCGUUCCCCGCGCUACCGCGGAGAGGAUACCUCCCCCACAGACCGUCGCGAGAUUUGGGGCUGGUAUGCCUACGGGAUCGCUGCCGAGGUGUUUGCCGUGUGCGGCGUCGGCUCAUUUCUCCCACUGACUUUGGAGCAAUCAGCCCGCGAACAGGGAUUCUUCUCCUCGAGCCAUCGACCCUGUGUCGGUCCGGACGCGCCCACCGCCGGAAACGGGACUGCACCGGCGAACGAGGCCUGUGUCGUCCCGGUGCUGGGCAUGGAAAUCAACACGGCGAGUUUUGCCAUGUACACCUUUUCGCUGGCGGUGCUCAUCCAGGCCUUGACGCUCGUGUCCUUUAGUGCGCUUGCGGAUUACGAAAAUAACCGAAAGACUCUACUGCUGACGUUCGGCUUCGUCGGGUCCGCGACGUCCAUGCUUUUCAUGCUUAUUGCGCCGCCGGUGUUCGUACUCGGGGCCCUCUUGGUUAUUAUCGGCGUCACCUGCCUUGGUUCCUCGUUUGUCGUCCUCAAUUCGUUCCUGCCUAUCCUCGUCGCAAACGAUCCUUCGAUUCAGAUUGCCGCAGACAAGAAUGGAGACGAGCUUCACGACCUUCCGGACGCAGACGAUUUCUCUCUGCGGUCGUGGACGGACGACGAGGAUAAUGGUGAUCACACUGGGCCGGCGAAAUCGGGGAAACCCACAGAGUCUGAAAAGACUUCUGGCUCUACAUCUCCAGAACUGCAACUCUCCACGCGCAUUUCGUCGCGGGGAGUGGGCUUGGGCUACUGUGCGGCUGUCCUUGUGCAGAUUCUGAGCAUACUAAUGCUGUUUACUCUGUCAAAGACAUCCAUGGGCAAAGCCCACCCGACCCUGCCGCUGCGAUUUGUUUUGCUUUUAGUGGGAAUUUGGUGGGCCGCAUUCACUGUAGUCUGCAGUCGAUGGUUGCGAACCCGCCCCGGUCCUCCUUUGGAAGAUGUCGCUCCCGGCGCCGGCCACCGUCAGAAAUGGCGCGUCUGGCUGCGGCUCGUGGGGUUCGCGUGGAAGUCUCUCUGGAACACCAUCAAGGUCGCACUGAAGUUGCGUGAAGUAGUUAUCUUCUUGGCCGCGUGGUUCUUGAUUUCCGACGCCAUCGCAACGGUGUCCGGGACAGCAAUCCUGUUCGCUCGAACAGAGCUCCAUCUGAGUACCGUAUCCGUCGGCCUGCUCUCCAUCACAGCGACAAUGUCCGGAAUGGCCGGCGCAUUCAUAUGGCCCAUCGUAGCGCGACGUUUCGGCCUGGCCUCCAACCACACUAUCUUCCUGUGCAUCGCACUCUUCGAAAUCAUCCCAUUGUACGGAAUGCUAGCCUACAUCCCGUUUAUCAAAAAAUGGGGCGUCCUCGGCCUGCAACAGCCGUGGGAAAUCUUCCCUCUAGGCAUCGUCCACGGCGUCGUCUCCGGCGGACUGGCAUCGUACUGCCGCUCCCUGUUCGGCGAGCUGAUCCCGCCAGGUAGCGAAGCAGCGUUUUACGCGCUCUACGCGGCCACGGAUAAGGGGAGCUCGUUCGUGGGGCCCGCGAUCGUCGGCGCCCUGAUCGAUAAGACGGGCUCUGUCCGGUCCGGCUUCAUUUUCAUUGGUGUCUUGGUCGUGCUGCCGAUGCCGCUAGUGUGGCUGGUUAAUGCGGAGCGUGGGCGGCGGGAUGCGCUGGCUAUGGCGGGCCAUAAAGCCAGAUCUGGUGAUGAGACGGAGGAGGGGGAGGGGUUGCUGAGGUCGUAG